ACUACUUCCACUAAUUCUCGAUAAUCGAUCGACGAUAUGUUUUGGUAGCCAUACCGAAACAAGAAAGUGGGUUCGUGAAGCAAGGGCCACCGAUCGAAUGAGAUUCAUCGAGCAGAAUUGAUAGAGCCAUAAAGAAAUGAAAAACGCGCACGGAGCAACGAGCUCGGCGGCUGGAAUGCGGCAGAACUCCGAUUCGUCCACAACGCCCAAGAAAUCGAAGAAACCCAAAUAUUCCAGAUUUACACAGCAAGAGCUUCCUGCUUGCAAACCAAUUCUAACACCAGGAUGGGUUAUAACAUCCUUCGUUGCUGUUGGCAUUAUCUUUAUCCCCAUAGGCAUUGUUUCCUUAUUUGCUUCAGAACAAGUUGUUGAAAUUGUGGACCGAUAUGACCAGGAUUGUCUUCCUUCUCAGUAUAGCAGCAAUCCUCUUACGUUUAUUAAAGACAGUAAAACUAAUAAAACAUGUAGUAGGAGGUUGAUUGUUCCCAAACCAAUGAAAGGUCCUGUUUACAUCUAUUAUCAGCUUGAUAACUUCUAUCAAAAUCACCGACGAUAUGUAAAAAGCAGAAGUGAUACACAAUUACGAAGCAGGGCAGCUGAAGCAGACACGAAAACAUGUGCACCAGAAUCGACUAUUGGGAAUGGGGCUCCAAUCGUCCCUUGUGGACUCAUUGCAUGGAGUUUGUUCAAUGAUACAUAUGGUUUUUCUAUGAAAAACAAGGUACUAGAUGUCAGCAAGAAGGACAUAGCCUGGAAAAGUGACCAAGAAAAAAAAUUUGGAUCUGAUGUCUAUCCUAAAAACUUCCAGACUGAAGGUUUGAUUGGUGGUGCAAAACUAAAUGCGAGCCUACCUCUGAGUCAGCAAGAGGAUCUUAUAGUUUGGAUGCGAACUGCGGCACUGCCUACAUUCAGGAAACUGUAUGGGAAGAUAGAAGGAGACUUCGAUGCGAAUGAUGAAAUAACAGUGGUGAUAGAAAAUAACUAUAAUACCUAUAGCUUCGGUGGUAAAAAGAAGCUGGUCCUUUCAACCACAAGUUGGAUUGGUGGCAAGAAUGAUUUUCUAGGCAUAGCUUAUCUUAGUGUUGGAGGAGUCUGCUUGUUUUUAGCGAUAACCUUCAUACUUCUUUACGUGAUCAAGCCAAGGCCUCUAGGUGACCCAUCCUAUUUGUCCUGGAACAGGAAUGCAGCAGGGCAGUUAAACUAAGCAUCUGUCUGUCUUUUGGUUCUAAAUCCAUACUUUUUUAAGUAAUAGAAUGAGGGAGGAGAGGAAAGGGAGGUCUAAAGUUGUUGAAAGAAAGCUACUGGUAAAGCCUACUCUAUUUUUAUGGUAGCUUAGACUUUGGUUUAUAUAAUGUUUGUAUAUUUGGACAUGUCUUGUUUUACUGUAUUCCCUGAUGAAAUGAUUCUAUGUAAGCUCAAUGUGAAGGUGGGAAAUGAAAUUUAAAUUCCCAUAUUUUGUUGAAAUUGAACUGGGAAUUUAGGGUGUUUGCAGGUUGGAUUU